AUGAAGAAGAACAACAAAAAGUUGACUGAUGAACAAGAUGCCCUCUGUGUCCCACAGUCUCACAAUCCAGGAAAUCUUCAAAAUAUGUUGGACAAAGGAGAAUAUGACCCAUUUGUAUCUCCUCCCAUGUUAGAGAGCAAUUUUAUUCAGGUCAACAGGAGAGGUGAAUCCAUUUACCUUCAUAACCGAGCCAACUGGGUGACCGUAGGCAUCUGUUCUUCCAGUUCCACCCAGAAGACUCCCAACGUGAUGCUGCUGGCACAUCUGACACCUGCAGCCCAAAAAGAUACAGAAGAUACAGAACCCCUGUUUGAAAGUCUCCUGACAUGUCCUUCCACAGAGAAACUGGUGCUCACAAGGUUUCUCCCUCUGCAGUUUGUAACUCUUUCUGUGCACGAUGCUGAGAACAUGCGUCUCAAAGUAAAGCUGGUGAGUGGUCGGGCCUACUACCUGCAGCUCUGUGCCCCUGCAGACAAACAGGACACCUUAUUUUCUCAGUGGAUGGACCUCAUCUCCCUCUUGAAUCAGGAGAAAGCCAAAGCUUCCAAGGUGUCAGAGGUCUCAAGCCUCUCAGAAAUCACCAACAGCACAGAAAUCACAGAAUCCAUGGACAUCAUGGACAUUACAGCAUUCUCAGCUGUAUCAAGCCCACACAUGUGCUCAUAUACAGAUGCCACACAUGUCAUGGAGAGCAUAGAUUUCUCAGAAUUCACAGAUGUCACCGACGUCACCGAUGUCACAGAUGUUCCAGAAAAUGAGAUCCCAGAAGUCCCAGAUAUAAGAAUUGUCACAGAAGUCACAGAAGUCACUGACAACUUUGAUGUCACAAACUUCUCAGGGGUCACAGUGGUCUUUGAAAACGAUGACAUAAUCAAGGCCAAGCAAGAGGAAAAGGAAAAAACAGAAAAUGUUCUGAAGCCGGGGUGUCUACGAGAUACAAAAAGUAGGAAUGAAUUCAAAGAAUCCUCAAAACGAGUCACCAUCUCAAACAUAACACUGACUUUCCAAGGUGAAAGAUGUUUUCAAACUACUUUGACUCCACUAGAAAGUGAAGCAAAUACAUCCAAAGAAGUGUAUGAUAAAACCUCUUCCAAAAAGAUGACUAAUUUUAAAAGCAGGGCUCUCAAGUUUGUUGAAUCCAGGAACGUGAAAACUGAUUCAGACACUUCAGGCUUGUAUAGUUUUGCAGUUUUCCCCCUGAUUAGCAUUUCUUUCCCCUUUUUCACUCUCCUCUAA